UCGCCUCCAUCGACGCGCGCGUCGGCACGCCCCGCCUCGGGACCUGCAACAACUUCUACGUCAACAACUACUCGAGCAAAACUUUAAUGAUUUUGGAAGGAUGUGCUGAACCGAAUUUAGGAUGCUGCAUAUUACUGCGCGGAGCACCCUUACAGGAACUGAUUAAGGUUAAAAAGGUGGCUCGGUUCAUGGUCCUAGCGUGUUACAACUGGAAGCUAGAGAAAGCAUUCCUCGGCGACAUUGAAGCCAUCCUGCCAGAACCUGGAAUGACGUUUGACGAUGAUGUAAAUGAAAACGAUGUCACAAAAGAGGAAGUUACAAAUAAUUUCAAUAACAGCGAUACUCAGAGCAAUCAAAGCGCGAAUGAUGAAGCAAAACGCAGUGAUUCGGUACAGGAAGAGUCUAGGAAGAGUAAUGAGACUGACAGCAACGAGUCUUCUAGAUCUGAUAAUAUAUUUACAAAUGCAAAUGUCAAAACUGACAACGAUAAAAGUGAUGUUACUGUUAAGAAUGACGCUAAAAUUGAUGAUACGAAAUGUAAUGAGAUGAUUGACGAUUAUAACAGCAAACAGAUGUUAAAUGAUGACCCUUUGCAAAACACGAAGUUUGUUCGUAAGACGGACAGUGACAAGACGUUGAGUUGUGGUGUUCCUAUUAGGGAUUUUAGCGAUCCAUUGCGCGCUACGUUGUCGGUGGAUGAUGAUGUGUUCCUACCGAAGGAGGAAGCGAAGCUAAAAGCUGAUACUCAUACCGAUAGAUGGUGCACGGACGACGUGGUGCUGUCGAUGUCCCCCAACAUGAUAAUCCCGGCGCCGUUCCUGGAGACGGAGGCGGGGCGGCGCUGCGGGCUGCGCGCGCAGUUCCCCGCGCCGCUGCUGGCGCGCGCCCCCGCGCCCCCCGCGCGCGCCCCCCGCGCCCCGCCCGCGCCCGCCGCGCCCCCGCACCCGCUCAAGGAAGUACACCCGUUCGUUCAGAUGGCUAUAGCGUCGCCGGCCGAUGAUCCCGCUCAAAAGGCUGCGCUGGCGCACUACAGGGCCACCGGCGGCCGACUAGUCAACGACAAACAUAAGCAUCAAUGCCCCUUAUACAAGCCGACUGUGGUGAAGAAGCAGAAAGAGCCCGAAGUCGACCCGAACGAGAAGCCGAGUGAGAACGAACCGCUAGACCCCCUGGCGCCGGAAAACCACCAGCAACUCAGCCUGUUGCUGUACAGCUUCAGCAACAAGUCCGCCAAUGUACCAGACUUCUGCGUCAACCCAUGGAUAGUAACUAUGGAGAUGUACGGGCGACACGACAUCUCGCUGGGCGCGUUCCUGGAGAAGUAUUGCUUCAACGGUGACUACAAGUGCACUUCACCUAACUGUAAUGUCCCCAUGAACCAGCAUGUACGCAGGUUCGUCCACGAAGAUGUGUGUAUAACAAUCACGUGCAAUACGAUCGGACACAGCAACGUCGACAAAGGCAAGGAGGAGCAAAGCAAACAGGUGAUGUUCUGGUCGCGCUGCGCGGCGUGCGGCGAGGCGGGCGCGGCGCGGCGCGUGUCGGGCGCGGCGCUGGCGCUGUCGCUGGCGGCCUACGUGCGGCUGCGGCUGCACGCGGUGCGCUACGCGCGCGCGCACACGUGCCCGCACCCGCUGCACGCGCACGCGCACGCCUUCGUGCACCACCUCACCACCGCCUGCUUCAGGUACAGCAAGAUAACCCCCUACGAGAUCCAGCUGCCUCCCGACAUGAUUUCAAUUAACUAUGACACAAAACAAAUGAGGGACAAUCUCAUCUCACAACUCAAUGAACUUGUGCAAAAAGGUCACGAAAUAUUCAGCGGCUUAUCUGACGUCGAUGCAGAGAAAGACUAUCAGUCGUUCAAACAGCACAUGGAACAAAUACAUCUGGCGCUCACGUCGGCUAGCCUUCACGAAAACAACACUACUGCUGCCAUUGUACGUAGUCUGUGGGGUGUAUCAGAUCGAAUCAUCUCGGGAGAGAAGAUGCUGCGAGACGCGCAGGACCGCUGGUCCAGUCCUCCGGCCAAGACGAAGGCGCAACCAGAUAAUAUAGCUGAAGAUAAAUCUGAUUUGGAGGACUCAUCUGGUGACGACACCAGUAAGGAAGGCGCGGGUACAACAUACGUGUUUACAGAUAGCAAGGAACCAGAAAAGGAACAUACUGGUACAGAGGAAGAUGAAGAGAAAGGUGACAAGAAAACAGUCCGUCAAAUACUAUCACAGCUUCUGUCUAACAACCAACCAGCCAAUCAGAGCGGCAUCAUCCUGUCGAGCGGCGAGGUGCCGGUGGUAGUGUUGGCGGGCGAGCUGGGCUCCGUGAUCGCGGCCACGCUGGCCUCCGUCACCUACCGCCGGACCAGGUCCCAGCUCAGGCACAGUACUCAAUCGGAUCAGGAGGAGGAGAAUAUGAAUGCUGCCGGUAAAGACAAGACUGAUGGCGACAAAUCUAAGCAGGCGAAGUCAAACGACCAUGUUGAGGUGUUGCUCAAGGACGGGCUGGUGUGCCGCGUGUACUACGCGUCGCAGUUCCAGCGGCUGCGGCACCUGCUGCUGCAGCCGCUGAGCGCGGACUCCAAGUGCGGCUGCUACGACGACGCCAAGGAUAGGACCGACAAAGGUCUGUGCGAUAUUGAAGAGGGUUUCAUCCGAUCGCUCGCACACUGCGUCCCGUGGGCCGCGCGCGGAGGCAAGUCUGGAUCUACAUUUUGUAAGACCAAAGAUGACAGAUAUGUGCUGAAAGAGAUGACGAAACCCGAAUGGCAGCAGUUCUUGGAGUUUGCGCCGCACUACUUUAACUACGUUACUACCUGCAGACAGAAUAAACAGCCAAGCUUGCUAGCGCGCAUCCUGGGCGUGUUCAGCGUGGGCGGCGCGGGGUCGGGCGUGCUGGUGCUGGAGCACGUGUGGUACGGCUGCGGCGGCGCCACGCGCUUCGACCUCAAGGGCUCCAGCCGCCACCGCCUCGCGCCCGGCUCCAGCCCCGCCGUGCUCAUGGACGAGAACCUGCUCAACCUCCGCUGGGAGACUCCGCUGUACGUGCAGUCGCACACGGGCGCGGUGUUGUGGGACAGUAUCGAGCGCGACUCCAGCUUCCUGGCCGCGCAUGACGUCAUGGACUACUCGCUGCUGCUCGGCCUGCACGGCAACACGCUCGUGCUCGGCAUCAUCGAUUAUAUCCGCACGUUCACCUGGGACAAGAAGCUAGAACAUUUAGUGAAGAAGAACCUUGGUUCUGGACAGCCCACGGUGGUGUCGCCCGAGCAGUACAAGCGCAGGUUCUGCAACGCGGCGAGGAAGUACUUCCUGCAGUGCCCCUCGCAUUGGGACCAUCUGUAUAACACUAUACACGCGUAGACCCAUGACCCCUACCCCUGGGGUCCUAUGUAAAGGAAUAAUACAGCUAUUGUAAAAGAAAGACGGCGAAGUUCACGGCGUUAACCGGCGCCUCAUCUUCUUUCAACGUCAACUGCUCUAGCCAAAGGACUUAGAAUUGUCGACGUGAAACAACGCUAAAGUAUGGAAAGAUAGUUAAAGCUAUUCAAUCUCUUGUAAUGUUUAUAUCCACGAAGGAAAGUACUCCUUAAUUUUCCAAUUGUUAUAGUAUUAAUAUUUCAUACUUACCAGUCACACAGAUAGACAAAAUAUUGAUUUACUUUAUGACUUGUGGGCUCAUUGAAUUAAGAGUAAAAAUGUUUAUGUAGAAAAGAUCAGAAUUUUGAAUGAUUUUUUAAUCCAGAGACUAAAUGCUUUACUCUCAUGGAUAAAUUAGUUCUUUUAGAAUGUUAUAUACAGUAUUGUAUAUUUGAAAUUAUUACGAUGUUUUUUUUUUUAAGUUUAGUAAAAUGAUCUGUUACGUAAUCAUGUUUUAAAGUGCAGAACUCAAAAUCAAAGAUAAUUAUUAUUUAUACACAAAUAAAGACGAUAGAA